AUGCUACAGACUUGGCUGCUCUUGAAGCUGAAUCACAGUCCUCAGGAGAUUCCUAAUGCCUUUUUGAACUUUUAUAAGAUUUUACUAGGAACUGCAGCUAACAAUAGAUCUCAUGUAAAUGCAGCAAUUGUUAGGAAGGGUCAGAUUCUAUCUCAAGAUAUGAGUGAGAGUUUGUCUCUUCCUUUUAAUGUAGAAGAGGUCAAGAAAGCUUUGUUUGAUAUAGAUGGGAAUAAGGCUCCUAGACCUGAUGAGGUUUUAUGUGAGAGAUUGAGGAUUGUCUUGCCUCAUGUCAUUGCUAAAAACCAAAGUGCUUUUGUUCACAACAGAUUUAUCAUUCAUAAUAUGAUGGUCUGUCAGGAUUUGGUGAGACACUACAAUAGAUCUAAUGCAGCUCCUGGGUGUUUAAUUACGCUAGAUCUUAAAAAAGCGUAUAAUACUGUUGAGUGGGAGUUCAUAGAUGAAAUGAUGACUACUCUGAACUUUCUAAGGAAAUUUAUUGAGUUAGUCAUGAUUUGUGUGAGAACACCUAAGUUUUCCCUCAUGAUUAAUGGCUCUCUUCAUGGUUUCUUUGCUUUAAAAAGGGGGUUGAGGCAGGGUGACCCACUCUUUCCUCUCCUUUUUGUGUUAUGCGUUAAAUACCUCUCUAGGAUACUAAAGGUGGUGAGUAGACCCAAAGAGUUUGAUUUUCACCCUAGAUGUAGAGCUGUGAGUUUGACCCAUCUUUGUUUUGCUGAUGAUCUGAUUCUUUGCUGCAAGGGUGAAGUGAGGUCCAUUAGAAGACUUAUGAAGGGUUUUGAGGCUUUCUCUAGGGCUACUAGUCUGAAGAAACUGUGCAGGAAGUUCUUGGCCUUACUGGUUUUGUCAGAGGAAGGACGCCUUUAUGUAUCUAGGAUUGCCUAUCUGCUCUAA